AAAGCAUUGUCGACAUCUUCUACUUCCUGCGACUUACCACAGAUCGGCUAAUAGAACAACAGAACAACUGAGACGAGCUUCCACGAUUUACAUUAGUACACACUACCGAUAGGUCACUCUAGAACUUGGCCCAAAUGUCACAAAAACUGACAAGAAAAGCCUUGGAUAUACUGCUCAAACAAACCUCGCAAAAACCAAAACGAAGUACGCCUGACACAGGUAUCAGCGAUUCCUCAAAGCGUAUCAAAAAACCAGUCCUCAAUAAAGAAAACUUUCGGAAGAAUGAGAGACUAAAGCGAGAAGCGAAGCGGCGAGAACUUGACGAGAAGAAGAGAAAGGAGGAUUUACGUCACAGAGUUCAAUUAGAAGAGGAGGACGAUGGUUCAGAAAAGGUGGCGAACAAUUUGAAGUAUUUCAAGAGGAGAGCAAACACUGCCAAGGAGAAGGAAAUCAUGAAAAAGCUGAAAGAGAUGAAGCGAUGACAAGACGUCGAGAUCCGUUCUUACUUCUGCACCCACAAAGUUCUCGAUAUCGUUUGCGCAUGUUUCGCAUCGUCAGGGAACAUGAUGCAUCUUCACUAGACUCAUUCCUUCAUUCCCAUCGUCAAAUGUUCUGCAUCCAGGAAUUGUAAUCGUAUAGCCCCAUCCUAUCUGUAUACAGCCUUGCAUCCAAUUGCCGUAGAAUCUUUCCUUCAACUUGUAUAUUGUAUUUUCGUUAAUCUUAAUAUUUACGGGCUAAAACAAACA